AGUUUGGGAGCAUCCUGACGUCUUCUCGGAGCACAAAGUGAAAACGCAUCUCCUCCUCCUCCUCCUCCUCCUCACACGUUACGAUGCCCACACGGAUCCACAAGGACAGGCUUUAAUCAUCUCUGACGCCUUCAGGGACUUUUAUUUUUUAUUUUUUUCCUGCUCCUUUGAUUUUUAAUGUGGACGGGAAUCUCUUUUGUCCGCGGGAUACCGAUGGCCACCACCGCCGCCACCGUCCUCAGCAUCAGCAUCACCUCCACCGAAGGGCCGUCGGGCCAGCCUGGACGGCCGGGAUUCAACCAGCACACCUAGCAGGUCGCUCCACUGUUGAGAAAUCCCACGUCGGACCGAGUUGCCUUAACUGACCUCUGACCUCUGGCGGAGGGGUCGUGACCACCAGGACUCGUUUGUAUUCAAGCCUUCAGCUCCGGCCUCAUCAUGAAGAAGCAGAGAGUCGACGACACUGACUGAUGAUCCUGAAACCAAAACCUGCCGCCGCCAAACAACCAUGACCGAGCUCAGGAGGAGGAGGGAGCUGCCAGACGCUCGACGGGAAGACAAUUAGGACAAAAAGGAUGUGAAUUCUGUCUUUUCUUCAUCAACCCACACAUGACUGAUAUUUUCUGAUCGCCUGAGACGGACUGAACAUUUCGAUCGAUGACCAAAGUGCAGGGACUUCCAGCUUCUGAGGAGCCGACAAUGUAGAAGAAGACAGCGCAGACGAUUGUCCAUUCACUUUGUUUCUCGUUUCUUCUUGUCCAAAAUAAACCCAGCAGUGACGGUGCCGUGAACUCUACAGCGUCCAUAAAGACGACCAUGAUUGUCUCUUACUGACACGACACCUGUGAACUGUUUGUCUUUUUGUAAACGUGACAUCAAAGACGUCACAAACGCAGACAGCAAAUAAGAUUGUGUCACAGGUAAAAAAGGGCAAACACUCGUUUUUCUAACACAAACUGAUGAUUGAAACAACUGAGCCACUAAAGACUCAACAACUAAACUAAACUGAUCAUUUGGAACUACGUCUUCGAAUUUCAUACAACCACCUGGACACAAAAACAGACUCACCUGUUGAUCCUGUCAACCGUCAGGUGGUACAGGUACAUACAUCACCAUGACACACCUACACGCCGGCCUGAGCUCCGAGACGACGGAGAAAGCUCGUUUGGAGCUGAACGAAAACCCGGACACUCUGCACCAGGACAUCCAGCAGGUGCGGGACAUGAUCGUGACGCGGCCCGACAUCGGUUUCCUGCGGACGGACGACGACUUCAUCCUCCGCUUCCUGAGAGCCAGGAAGUUCGACCAGGUGGAGACGUUCAGGCUGCUGGCCCAGUACUUCCAGUUCAGGCAGCAGAACCUCGACAUGUUCCAGAGCUUCAAGGUGGAUGACCCUGGUAUUAAGCGAGCGCUGAUGGACGGUUUCCCGGGCGUGUUGGAGACUCCAGAUCAACAUGGUCGAAAAAUCCUGAUCCUGUUCGCCUCCAACUGGGACCAGAGCAGGAACUCGUUCACAGACAUCCUGCGGGCGAUCCUGCUCUCUCUGGAGGUCCUGAUAGAAAACCCGGAGCUGCAGAUCAACGGCUUCAUCCUCAUCAUCGACUGGAGCAACUUCUCCUUCAAACAGGCGUCGAAGCUCACGCCCAACAUCCUGAAGCUGGCUAUCGAAGGCCUUCAGGACAGUUUUCCCGCUCGCUUCGGAGGAAUCCAUUUUGUGAACCAGCCGUGGUACAUUCACGCCAUGUACACCAUCAUCAAACCCUUCCUCAAGGACAAGACCAGGAAGAGGAUCUUCCUCCACGGUAACAACCUGAACUCGCUCCACCAGCUCAUCCAGCCCGAGUGUUUGCCGUCGGAGUUCGGCGGGACGCUGCCGCCGUACGACAUGGGCAUCUGGGCGCGAACGCUGCUGGGACCCGACUACAACGACGAGACGGAGUACACGCUGACGUACGACGCGCUGCACGUCAGGGAGAACUGUGGAGGAGGAGGAGACAAGGAGAUGAUGAAGAGGUCUCAGUCGGCCGUUGAACCAGGAACUCUCCGACAAACCGACAGAGAGACCAGCACGCCGCUACUGGCCCUGGACUGAACACACACACACACACACACACACACACACACACACACACACAAAGAGUAACACACAUAUUCACACACUAAGAUCUGUGACACACUUCUUAAAGACAAGAACAAACUACAACGUCCACUUUGACACACACACUCACACCGACACACACUCACAUGUUGGUCUUUCUAUUGUUGUGAGGACACUCACUGACAUAAUGAAUUCCCUCGUCCGUAAACCUGACACAACCUCAGAAAGACAUGCCCACACACACACACACAGACACACACACACACACACAGACACACACACACACACACACACACACACACACAGUCUGCCCUGUGUCUGAGCCGUCCAAUGCCUCCCAGCUGAGCCUCUCUCUCCUGAUGUCCACGGCGGUGACGACACCCUGAGGUGUCUGUGCGUCAUCGCCGAGCGUCGUUGACUCUGUCAGAAACGAGCGGGAAUGUGACGCCGUGACGUUUCUGUGAACUGUGACCCCAGAUUCAAAUGUGAUGAAACUUUAUUUAACCCUCAGACUGUGGAAGAAGACGUUAAAUCAAAACAAUCAAAUCAGUGAGUCAAUAAGAAUCAGAGCCGGUUGCACCAACGAAGAUUCAUUUAAACUCAGAUUAAGUUUAUUAAGUUUAAUCAUAGUUUAUUAAAUCUUGCUCUGUAACUGCUGGACGACUUACGGUCAUAAUUGUUCUGCUAAUUCAUUUAUUUUAGAUUUCAAUUUGUGAGAAAGAUCAAACAAAAUGUGAUUUAAUCCAGGUUUAAAUAACAGAGCAUUUAUCUUGAGCUGUGAGUCUAAAUCUGAAGGCUUCCUCACCAGUCUGAAUUCUUUACGGAGGAUUUCCCCCAACGAAUGAUUCAAGAACCUAAAAUGUUUUUGUCUCCUUUUGGACUUUAUGAUGUGACAGAAAUAAAUGUGACGGAGGCGGGAACAUUGAGGACGAUGCAGAGGAAGCUUCACUUUGGUAGAAAAAUAAAUAAAUUCCACUUCCACAAUAAUCACGACAAGUUAGACCGACUUCGCACAAAGAUUUAAAAAAUAAAAGCACCGCGUUCGUCUCCACAGGAAACCACUGACGCUGUAACCGGAUGAAAACAUGCAUGAAGACGUGAAACACUGUUUGUUCUACCAGGGUGAAAUCCUCGUAUCGUGCUGUGAAGAGACCACAGGAAGCCAAACUCUCACCUUUAACCUCUCCUGCAGUGAAGGGAAAGAUUGUUUUUAUUGAGUUUAACUUAUUUGAAGAUUGUAUAUUAUUGCUAUAGUAUUAUUACACUGCAAAAAAAAAAAAAAGAAAGAGUGUCACGCUUGGCCGGUCUUAUCCCGAGAUAAUUAAAGUGAAAUUAUCUUCACAUCCUGCAGAAGAAAAGAAUUUGAUUUAAAAUCAUAUUUGAAAAUCUGCAGGUUGAUAAUUUCACUUCAAAUAUAUCUGGACAGAUUAUUUGUAAAAACUCAGAGCGACUCGCCGAGUUUGUGCCGAUUUUUUUUUUUGCAGUGUUUGACUCAUCAUCAGGGCUACACACUGAUCUCCACUCGACUGUAAUGUAAUGUAUUUCCUUUCAAUGAAUGUAUAGAAGUAAACAUUUACACCAA